UGAAUCAGUCGAAUAAAUAAUGGCUUGACAAUCAUUGUCUUAUUAUUUUAUAUAAAUAUUCAUAGUGAUUAAACAUGGUGUCAGAAGUAUAAAUACUAUAGAUAGACAUAACAAUGGGUGAGUCGAGCAAAGAUACUAUUAUUCCUACUAUUCCCCAAUCCCCACCCCGUCCACAAUACUCACAGCGGCAUGCCUUCCUCCGACCCCUGGAAUUUACGGAAUCCAUGGAGGAGAAUUGGAAACUAUGGGUCCAAAAAUUUAAAAUAUAUCUUCUUGCCGAGGACCUGGAAACAGUUUCCGACGAUCGUAAGGUCGCAUUAUUACUCCACAACAUGGGUGAUAAAGGAGUAGAGAUAUAUAACUCAUUUAAUUUAGAUACAAAACAAACCUUCGAUGAGGUCCUAAAGAAAUUCAAUUCUUAUUUCAUCCCAAAAGUUAAUAUUACCAUGCAGCGCCACAAAUUCUUCACGAGGGCACAAGGACCUACCGAGUCGUUUGAUGAAUUUCUUACUGACCUUCAAAAUAAAAGCAUGACAUGCAACUUUAGUGAUAAGAGGGAAGAACUCGUGCGGGAUGUCAUAGUAAUAGGAUUAGCCAAUUCCGCUAUGAAGGAGAGGCUACUGCGCACGGAAGAUCUAACCCUCCAAAAGGCAAUCACUAUGUGCAGAGCGGCCGAAUUAUCCCAAAAACAAGUCGCAGAACUAACGAACGAGAUACCUGCAACCUCCGUGCUCAACGUCAGCUCAACGCCGAUUCACGACGUCAAACACGUCAAUCCUGUCAACACGUCAAGAACAAGAAGCAUCAAGAUGAGAAAAUGCUAUCGUUGUGGCAAUAACUGGGAUCGUACUCAUCAAUGCCCAGCCAUGGGUUGCAAAUGCCAGAAGUGUGGCAUCCCUAAUCACUUUGCAAAAGUCUGCAGGAACAGACAAGUUGCAGCGAUAGUGCAACAACCAAGUGAGGACGUCGACAUGGACAGCGAGGAGACUUACUUCGUAGGCUGCAUCAAUAGCGAGUGUGAAUGAAAAUGCAAUUCCCAGAGCCGAUCCACCUCGUCGGGUCCCUAUAGCACUAAGACAAAACCUUAAAGAAGAGUUGGAAAAUAUGGUGAGACAACAAAUAAUUACCAAAAA